GGGGACACCUGUUCCCAUCGUAACAUGAAAAAAUGAAAAAAAAAAAGUGGGAAUACUGCCCAGGACAGACUUCAAACCGUCUAACCUAUAUCCACCAUCCCUACAGCGUAAAAUAAAGUCAUAGUCACAUACAGUAUCACUUUACCAAAGAUCGCUUUUUUCCAUUUGUCUUGUUCCGAUUAUGAACCUAUUAGCAUAUUACCUGCUACGGGGUACAUAGACAAUGUGAGUGGGAGUUUUCAGUCCAGAAAAGUCGCAGACCCACACUCAGGACGAAUCAGAAGUUUUACCAAAAAGAAGAAGCCGCUCUCCCCACCCAAAUAAAAACAGGGUUCUUCCCUUUUCAUGAUAAAAGAGGCAGUGCGAUUUUUUUGUAAAUUUCAAAACUAGCACAUGGAUCAAAGGUGGGCUUUAGCCAAAGCGAAUAGUAAUGAGGUGGGGCUUGUAUUUAAAUCUCCAGUAAGUGAAUGUGAAGGGGAGUGUGUUAUGUAUAUACUAAGUGCAGAUUUCAUCUCCCAGCUAGACAGAGCCAGCUAUGAAAGGCAAGAGGAGGUUAAUGAAGAGGCACCAGACUGCAUCUCUCCAUGAGAACAAGGUGACUGGUGCUGGGCACUGCCACACAGACACAGGGGCUGCUGGAGCGCACGUGCACACUGACAAGUUGAUGGGCAUCGCCAGCAAACGCAACUGAUCGCUCGACUCUGUUGACAAACAGAAUUAUUAUUAUUAUUAUUGUUAAACUAUUUUUUCCGUUUUGAAGUUGAAACAAGAAAACAUUGUAACCAAAUUCCUGCCGGUCAUUUUGCCAUGGCUGAGAUUGGAAGCGUUUUGGAUUUUCAUGGCUCGACCUCUGCUAUUGGGAAUGUGCCUUUAGCCGACUCUCCGGGCUUUCUCAAUGAGAGACUGGGGCAAAUAGAAGGGAGGCUGCAGAGAGGCUCCCCCAUGGAUUUUGCCCACCUGAAGGGCAUCUUGAGAAGGAGACAGCUUUACUGCAAGACUGGAUUUCACCUGGAAAUCUUCCCCAAUGGGACUGUACAUGGCACAAGACAGGAUCACAGCAGAUAUGGUAUCCUGGAAUUUAUCAGCCUUGCUGUUGGACUUGUUAGCAUUCGUGGUGUGGACUCGGGACUGUACCUGGGCAUGAAUGAGAGAGGCGAACUGUAUGGGUCGAAGAAGCUGAACAGAGAGUGUGUUUUUCGAGAGCAAUUUGAAGAGAAUUGGUACAACACGUAUGCCUCCACCUUGUAUAAACACGCAGACUCGGACCGGCAAUUGUAUGUGGCUUUAAACAAGGAUGGCUCCCCAAGAGAUGGAUACAGGACUAAGCGAUACCAGAAGUUCACAAAUUUCUUACCAAGACCAGUGGAUCCUUUGAAAUUACCGGUUAUGUACAGAGACCUUUAUCACUAUAGGUGAUAUUCCCAGACUGCUCGUGCUAUAUGUACAUACCCUGGGUCGACUGCUAGGCUACCAUUUCAAAAUGCUUUUUGUUUGAAAGCAUGAUCCCUUUGUAGGGUGGCAAGUGGGCAUUUUUAAAGGGUUGGAGAGAGAGAGAGAGAGAGAGAGAGAGAGAGAGAGAGAGAGAGAGAGAGAGAGAGAGAGAGAGAGAGAGGGAGCCUUUUGAAUAUAGACUACUUUAUCUUUUUAUUAAGAAGAUGCUUAAGUUUGUAAAUAAUUCUAAGACAACAGGUACUCUGUACCAAAUGCUACCAUCAAACCUUUACCACUGGUUCCUAAUCUACUUUUACCACUGAUUCCUAGUCUCUGGAACUCUCUAUAAAUAACAAUUCCUGUGCUUGGUUGAAUUAAGAGUAGGCCUUCAGUAGUGAUGGUAGUGAAGUCCCUUGCUGCCAUAUUAAGCCUUCCAUUACUGAGUGCUUUAGAUAAGAGAGUGAUGGUAUUUUCUUAGUAUCAUCAUUUUAAAAAAGGGGACAUGUAUUUGUUCAUGCUUAUAUAAAAACAGCCUUAGGGUGAGAUUCUUUUUGGAAUCUCUGAUAAAUAAAAGCAGGAUUAUGUGUACAACAUGGAGCCAUACUGGUACUGUGGUAUUUAGAUAUUUGAAAUCCUCCCCAAUACAAGAAUUUUUCAGAAAUAAACGUCUGAAUAAAAGCCUAAAAAAUCACCUCUAGUAACUAAACCACAAAAAACUACUUAACGACUGUGAAAAAAAAAUCACUGAAUUCAUCCACACACAAAAAAGAUAACUAAGUCUAAUGGCCAGCCUGUGACCCUUCAGAUGUUGCUGAACUCCAAGUACUCCUUCAUAGCUUAUGGCUUGAAGGUGUAGCUUUAACAAAAUGUGGAAUGCUGAGUCCAACCUCUGAACAACUGUUGAAUUCUGAAGACAAAUGCAUCUCUUUUUAAGGACCACUAUACCAUCAUUUAUACAUGUUGCUUGUGAUUUGUCUAGUGGAAAUGUUAGGGUGAAUGUAUAAUUAGUUUCCUUCUGUCUCUUUUCCACUAGCAUCUAUAAACGUGUUAACAUUUAGCUUGCCUAAGACCCAACAUCAUUUUUCAUAAGCCUUAUAUUGUGUUGUAAUGUCCUAACAAAAAAAGCUAAGUAUACAUGGGAAUCGUAUUAGCUGAGGCAAGACCCAUGGCCUGAAGCAAAUAAUGACACAGCUUAAGUAAUGACAAUUCAAAUUGAGGGUAUAGUGGUCUUUUUAAGCAAAUAUAAGCCUCCCAAAUAGCCUCUGUACUAAAUGACAUGUAUGUUAUAGGCAGGUUUGUUUCCUCGAGUAGGGAAAGUAUAUUCUCCCUGUAUUAUUCAGGAUUCUCAGCAUUACCACUAUGUGUAAACUACAACCAAAUGUAUACUUUUUUAACAAAAAGAAAAAAAAUCCGAAAAAGUCUAAACACAGAUCCACUUAUCUAUCAAGCACACAUACCACAAACCAUCUCAGUUCUUAGAAACGUCUGCACUUAAAGGUCGAUGCCAAAAUUAUGUUAUUAGUGCAUAGCACGUGUAUUGUCGGUAUGGGAUAUUUGUAUGUAAUUCAGUUUUAAUGUCAUCUCAGAGUUUGAUAUAUGCUUAGAUCUGGUGAAGACCAAAAUAAUUUGUAUGAUAUUGAGACAAUAAUAUAUGACUAUGGGCUGCAAAUACUCGUUGUCACACUGCAUCUCCCAAUUCUCGUUUUUUGUGAGGGCCAUCUUGGAAUAGGCUUAUGAGAAAAUGAGCUUGAGCUUGCCCACCUAAAUUUGGGAGUUGUUGGGCGAUAGUAUGUGGUGUAGAAGUGUUGGAAUGCCUAGAAGUUCCCAGGGUGGAACAGACAGCACCUGCAGCAGAAGCAGCAGGUGCCAGCAUUCUCCAUUGGAGCUUGUAGACCACUAAGCUGUUCUCUAGAGUUGCCAAUUUUCCUGGGAAAAAUAUUGGAAUUCCUGCUACAUUUCUUCCAUAUUGAUUACAUUAGCACUAACCAGCACUGGUCAAGUCAACCAUACCCACCACCUUCCCCAGAAUACCUUGUUAUGAGGAAGCUGGAUUCGUUUGUAGGGACUCAGACCUGGCCACUUUUAUAUAUACUAUAUCACAUUCAAGUAACUACAACUCUCUAGGCCAGAUUCAUUUCCAUCUGCCAAUCAAUGAGCAUUGUCAAUUGGAUUUGCUGAUAAUUUUCAGAACUGGCUUUUCCAGCAUUACCCCCAAAUCCAGUGGAUGAGGUUCUCCACAAAUCCUACUUUCGGAUUAUGGAAAUACAUGGAACUUAAUUACGCAAUGCUCCUGUUUUCAAGGAACGUUACUAAAGAUACAAGCAUGGACACUGUGCAUAAGGAUAGAAAAUAUUUAUGAAAUGUAUAUGAUAUUUAUUUUAUAUAUUUAUUUAUUUCAAAUAAUUUUAUUUUUAAUAAAAUAAGAAAUGCUUAUGAUGACCAGAUUUUUCAUCAGGAGGAACUAAAAAAAUGUCCUACUGAAACAGUAAUAACUAAGAAUAAUUUUGAAUAUCUAGGAGCUUAUCGGAAAUAAAAUUGUCUUUAUAUUG